AGCGAGGAUCUGAGGGCAGAGCUGAGCGGGGAGCUAAGCAGAGAACUAAGCGGGGAGCUGAAGGCAGAGCUGAGGCCGGAGCUGACGGGGGAGCUGAGGGGGCAGCCCCCGGCCGAGCCCCCGCGCCCGGCGAUGCGGAGCGGGGCAUGGCGGCCCCGCCGCUCUGCCUGCGCCUGCUGGCCGCCGCCUUCUACGGCCUCAGCUCCUUCCUCAUCGUCGUCCUCAACAAGAGCGUCCUCACCACCUACGGGUUCCCGUCCUCGCUGUGCGUGGGGCUGGGCCAGAUGGUGGCCACGGUGGCCGUGCUCUGGGCGGGGAAGGCGCUGCGGGUGGUCAAGUUCCCUGACCUGGACAGACACAUCCCCCGGCGGACAUUUCCUCUACCUCUCCUGUACUUCGGGAACCAGAUCACAGGACUGUUCAGCACAAAGAAACUGAACCUGCCCAUGUUCACGGUCCUGCGGAGGUUUUCCAUCCUGUUUACGAUGUUUGCCGAGGGAUUCUUGCUCAAGAAGAAGUUUUCCUGGAGCAUUCAGAUGACAGUAUUUGCCAUGAUCUUCGGUGCAUUUGUGGCUGCCAGUGCUGACUUGGCAUUCGACCUGGAGGGAUAUAUUUUUAUCCUCAUUAACGACGCCUUAACAGCUGCAAACGGUGCCUACGUGAAACAGAAGCUGGAUUCCAAGGAGCUGGGGAAGUACGGGUUGCUCUAUUACAAUGCACUGUUCAUGAUCCUCCCCACCCUGGCCAUUGCCUACGUCACUGGAGAUGCACAGAAGGCAGUGGAGUACCAGGGCUGGGCAGACACGUUCUUCCUCGUGCAGUUCACGCUGUCCUGUGUGAUGGGGUUUAUUUUGAUGUAUUCCACGGUUCUUUGCACUCAGUACAACUCUGCUCUUACAACUACAAUAGUUGGCUGCAUUAAGGCUGUUUGUUCCUCCCAUCUUGUUCCUUUGCAGAAUAUUUUAAUAACCUAUAUUGGGAUGUUUUUUGGAGGAGAUUAUAUUUUUACAUGGAUGAACUUCAUUGGGCUAAAUAUCAGCAUUGCUGGCAGCCUGGUGUACUCCUACAUCACCUUCAGCGAGGAGCAGAUGAGCAAGGAGUCGGAUGCUGGCAGCAAGCUGGAUCUGAAAGGGAAGAGCUCGGUGUGAGCAGGGAGAGGCUUUUUUUGGGAGCCGACCUCUCCUGCUGGCCUGGCGCGGGCAGGACGUGGGGAGGGAGCCCGGGAGCCUCCUCGGGGCUGUCCUGAUUUGCACAGCUGAGAUUGCUGCCUUCACAAAUCCUUGGGAAGAUCCGUCCAGCCUGCACGGGAUGGGAUGAGCCUAAUUAAGCCUGAUCGGGAGGAAUUAACGGGUUUCUAAUCAAGCGGGGAGAUGGGCACGGGCGGGGUCGGGGCUGGCAGUUCUGCUGCCAGGGGUGUGCCAGGGUGGAUCUGCUUCCUGGGACCCCUGGAUCCGCUGAUCCCAGCGGGGUGGGGGCUCCCUCCGGAGCACGGGAAUGCCGAGGGAGCCGGAAUUCCCCGGGAGCUGCUCCUGGGCUGGGCCAGGACCUCCUGCGUGAAUGUUCGCUGCUCUCUGGACUUAAUUUUUAUCUGCUUUCCGUUUGUUUGGUCCAUUGACCCACUUCUCAAGCUGGGUUUGCCCUCCUGGGUUUAUCAGAGCCCUGCACCCACCUCUGCCCAGAAGGGUUUUCUUCCUGGGAUCCAGCCCUGGCUUUGGGAAAGCUGCUGCCCUUCCUGGGGAGAUCCAGCAGGGAGAAGCUGCUGGAGCACAGGAGAGCCCAGCUUGUCCCACCUGGCACAGCACAUCCAGGCAGUCUGCAGGGGCUGCAGCUCCCACCCCUGCCAGAGGCACAAGGACUUAAAUCUUCUUUUUUGGCAAGUACAGGGGGCCCCAUAAUUCUCGUUUUCCAUGGAAUGAACCCCCCUGGGUUUGUGACCCGCUAAAAGAAUGGGAAGUGUAGAACACUGGGCAGUGUUCAAGUGAUUUUUAAAGGUUGUCUUAUCCAGCACCUCUUUCGAGGUUUCCUCGGGUUGUCUUUUGGUUUUAAAAGAAUUGUUUUUAAUCUUGGUUAAAAAAACUUUUAGUAAAGCAAUGUAUUUAGAGAUUUUUGUACCCUAACAGCUUCUCUAGACACUGACAGUGGGGUUUUUAGGAGAUAACUGCUUAAACUGGAAGUGCUGUUGGGCAAAGCUGCAUUUGUUGGAGUUUACUGGAAGUUUUUGGAUGGGAAGAGAUUUUUCUGUGAGAGUGCAGCUCCAGCCUGGUGUGCUGGGGAAGGUGUGGAGCGAGUCAGCUGCUGCCUGCUCCUGGAGCAAUUCCAGAGCCACAAUUCCCCCUUUUUUUGUGGGAUUUUUUGGUCACUGUAGUGACCAGGGGUACUACAGUGUGGGUGUCCUGGAGCAGCCCCUCAGCACAUUCCCCCUCUGAGCACAGUAAAAAAGAAAUCCCUGAUUAUUUUAUCUCCCAAAAUUCCAGCAAAACCUCGGCUUUGUCCAGGGUGGGGAGGGUCACAAACCCUUCCUGGGGUGCAGAGGCCCCCCAGUCCCAGCCUGGAUGGGGUUGCUGGUCCCUGUACUGGUUUUGUACUGGUUCUGUCCUGGUUCUGUCCUAGUUCCCAGUAUCCAGCUUGGUUCUGUCCUAGUUCCCAGUAUCCAGCUCCGGGCCUUGCUGCAGCAUUCCCAAAUCCCAAAUCCCUUUUUUUCUCCCCCGUGUGCUCCGACUCUGCCGUGCUGAGGUCACAGCCAGGAGGGUGAUUCUGCCAGAGGGGUUUUUAGGAUUUUCUGUUUGGUUUUGAAUCUACUGGUUAGAUUUGCAGUCCUGACAGGGAAGGAUUUUUAAAGCUUAUUUUGUCCAUGCUGGGAUCCUGCUGGAUCCUAAACACUGGGAAAGCCAAGAAUUCCUCUAACAGUAUUUUCUAUGCUAUUAAUUGAGUAAAAAAAUGUUUUCUAUAGAGAAUCUAUUUACAAAAUGAGCAUUUUAGUGAUGAACCUCUGAAUGUAUGGCAGGCUGUGGAUGUGAGCAAUGAGAGCAGAAAGGAUUUACGUGCCUCUGUAUUUUUGUAUUUGCUUCCAAUAAACCAAUGAACCAAA